ACCGUAAAUGCAAGCCUCAGAAUGUAGAUUUACAUUUGAAAGCUGGAAGCUAUCCCGUUAUUAGUCCGGAAAAUAUAGCAUUUCCAAAAAAUUUUCUGUCGGCCGAUCAAAGGUUCAUUGGACGCCGGGGAAUGCCGACGAAGAUAUUCAGCGACAACGCCACCAGUUGCGUCGGCGCCGAUCGCAAGCUGCGCGAAUUGAAGGAGGCGUUUCUAGCAAUGGGUCCAGAACUGAAGAGGUUCGCAGCAGACGAAGGGUGCAGCUUCAUCUUUAUAACACCGCGGGCGCCGCACUACGGCGGAUUAUGGGAAGCCGCGGUGAAGUCCGCCAAGCACCAYAUCAUUCGCGUAACCGGCAACGCGCUACUUACAGCAGAGGAGUUAGCAACAGUGUUGGCCGAACUGGAGGCCAGCCUCAACUCUCGCCCCCUAGUAGCUCUGAGCCAAGAUCCCAACGACGGCGAGGCGUUAACACCAGCGCAUCUACUAAUAGGAUGCUCCCUGUCCUCUUGGGGCAUUACCCCUAGAGAAGGUGCCAGUGGACCCAGUUCGUUGGGUCAAGCAACAGUUCUGGCGACAGUGGUCCAAAGUAUACCUAACGGGCCUUUAGGAGCGCAACAAGUGGCUGCACCCCAAACGCAAUAUGCAGCUCAACGACCUCGUUCUCGUCCACGAGGACAAUGUCCCGCCGCAGCAGUGGGUACUAGCGCGCGUCGUCGCAACUUUCGAAGGGCAAGGCGGCAUCCCAUCCACAAAAUGGCCGUGCUUCCACGGGAAAUUGAAGGAAUCUAAUCCUGUCA